AUGUGGCCAUGCCAAGAAAGAGGACCCGAUGUUAAAGUAUACAUGAGAAGAGGACAGUUUUACGAUAGACCUGACUUUGAAAAACCAAAGAGGAGAGCUGGAGAUGAAGAUGAUAUAUUUCCUUUCAACCUUUCGGAUUACCAACAAGAGGUUCCAUUAGGAGAUGAUUCGCUUUCCGACAAAUUGAUUAAGGAUUUGGAUACGAAGAAAUAUGCAGAAAAGCUUACAAAAUACUCACAAGGAAAAACCAAUACUGAUUCUAGCCAUAAAACCGAAUCACCUAAGAAAACAACUUACAAACCAACACCAUCUUCAAGAAUAUCUAUAAUACCGUUUCAUAUAAUAUCUACAACUGUAAUGUACAGUGGUUCCUCCGAAAUUAUAAUGAGAAAAUUCGAUCCUGCCCCACCAAGUAUUAUAUCAGAUGUAAAUAACGAUGUUUUCCGCAAUGACGACUAUGGUGUAGAAAGAGCAGAAGAAGAGUUUUCAAAUACAAUAGAAGAGGAAGAUAUUAAGAGAGAAAGUCCGACACCAGAUAUCAGGAUACGAGUGGAAGAUAGUCCCAUAAGGCAUUCCGUAAUAAUGCGACAUUGGGAAACAACAGAGGGUCCUACACUGAGUGAUGUUUCUGAUGUGGAUGAAGAGGCUUUAGUUUACAGAGCGAUAUAA